AUGAACAAUUUGAGGAGCAGAUGCUUAUGUUUAUACCAUGACCAUGCAGAGGACAGCUACUCCGUCACUAGAGUUAUCGAUGGCGUGACAUAUCACCUACACCUCACAGAUACAGCGGGCCAAGAAGAAUAUCGUGGCCUGUGGUCAGCGGCAAAUACGCGAGAUGCAGACGCAUUUCUUCUAGUAUACGAUAUCACCAGCCAUGAUUCCCUCGUCGCCCUUGAUUAUUUCAACGACCUGAUAGAAAUGGAGUCUGAGGAGCGGUCGCCGGCUAAACCACCACAGAUCAAAUUUGUAGCGGGGAAUAAGGUCGACUUGGCGCAUGAUAGACAAGUUGCUAGUGUUGAAGGGCUAAACUGGGCGAGGGAUCAUGGAUGCGGGUUUAUGGAGACAUCCGCAAGGAAUAUGGUUAAUAUCGAAGAAACAUUUGCUCUCAUUGUGCGCAGAGUGGUCGCCGCAAGGAGGGGCCAGGCAGCACCCCCUACCCGACAAGCCAAUGUUCCAACCAGUGGUUUACAAAAUUACCCCACCACUAUCGAAGAUAACGAGAAAGGCCAAGCCAGCGAUGCAAACGGCAAGAAGAAGAAAGGAUUCUUCAGCAAGCUCUCUUGCUGCACGAUUAUGUGA